ACCGAGACGGAAGCGCGGCAGGACGGGAGCGGUGCUGAGGACAGCGGCGCCGGAGGCCCCGAUGAUGGCCCAGGCAUGAAAGAGCCCAGAGCUCGUCGCUGGGGAGAGGCUGCGUAUGGCGUUGUGAAGGGAGAGGUGGAGGAGGGCUUUGAGCAGCGCUGUGCAGGAAUGAAUGGCUGGUAAGAGAAGAGGCUGCGGCGCUUCAAAGUGCGCUGUGGGUGGGGAGUGCGAUGACAGCCCAAGGGUGGCACCAGGAGAUGCAGCACAGCCCUCUCCAGCAGCAGGGUGCAUUAAUUGGUCUUGCUAAUUCUUGAAGGAGAAGGAACGGUUCCUGUGCAAGGGCAUGGCCGUCUGCCUGUAACAGAUACUGAAGGGGAUGGUUGUGUGACUGCCGUGAUGGAGUUGGCUUUUGAAUGUCAAUUGCACCCCGUUAACGUGCAGCUCUUUCUGACCCAGGCAGGAGCCGGGCAGCGGUACUGCAGCUCGUCUGGCAGCUUUGCAGCUGAGUUGGGAAGUAGAAGAUGUGGCUGUGAAAGAAGAAGCACAGCUCUUCGUGCAGCAGCAAAGCUCCUUCCUGAUUGCUGUGGCGUUACUUCACUCUCCUCAGUGAGUUCCUUCUGCUCCCGUUGGGUUGGUUGAGUUGGGUUUGUUGGGAUGAGGUGGGGGCAGGGAUCCCAGAGUUCUGGGGCCACAUGGCAUCGGGUCGCAGCGUGUUGGGGGAAGGAAGGGUCAGGGAGUCACAGGGUCUUGUGGGGGUGUGGUUCACCCAGGGCAGUGGGUCACGUAUAGCCAUGGGGUCACGCACAUACAGGGUGAUGAGAUCAUCUUGGCUUAAGGCUCAUGUGGGGUUACGGCUCAGGGCCCCACCUUUGGGCUGCAUGGACCCCCAGUCCCCUCUCAGGAAGAAAUGAAACCCCUCCUACACCGCUGCCCCCUUCCCCCCCUUUAUUUUUUUACCUCAAACUGCUCCCCACAUCCUCCCAUAGCACCCCAUACUCCUGCGUCCCUCUUGCAGCCCACAUCUUGUCUUCUCCUGAACAGCAUUCUGCUCCUGCAGGCUGUGUUGUCAUAUCCAUUCUAUAUCCCCCACAACCUCCCCCACAUAGCUCCUCAAGUACUUUCUCUGACCCGGUACACCUCCUCCUCCUCCAACCUGGGACCUCGCAGAGCCCCACAGUCCCCAGCAUCACCCCACGUCCCCCACGGUUCUUCAAGGAUCCCUCCGAUUUGAGGGAGGCUCAGACCUCCCUUUAUGCCUCAGACCCCUCCUGUGUUCUCCGACUCCCACAGUCCCUGACAGGACCCCCAUCACCAUCCCAGGACCCCCAUAGCCCACUGAUGAGGAACCUUGCAGCAAUCCACAUCUCAGGAUGGGCCUCCAGCUGUGCCCCAAUGCCUUCAUUAAAGACAGGAGAAUGAAUGAGCGUAACGGGGCACCUUUCCUCCUGACAUUGCCCACUGCCUGCGUGUUGGCUGUGCCACGAGUGCGGCAUUUUGUCCUCGAGCUGUGAGUGCAGAUGGAGGCCCUGAGAACAACCAGAGCCGUGUCUGCCUUCACCAAGGACUCACCUCUGCACGUGCAGCGGCAGCUCUGAGGGCAGCCUUCAUCGAUUCCCCUCUCCUCUCUUUCUCUUGGCGUCUUCUCGCUAGAAAGCAAGAAUAAACGUGAAUACGUUUUGUCAGCAGCGCAACUGCAGAAACAGGGGUGCCGUACAGGCAGAAGGCAGCAAAAAGACAGAGGAAACGGGACUAGGAAGCCUCCCAGUGAAUGACAUUUCCAGGGGGAUGUGCAGAAGACCACCAUGGAGUUAAUGGAAGGAGACGGGGUUACGUGUUCUGGCACCUCACUGCCUUUGGACUUUGUAGCCUUCCACUCUUGUCCCCUCCACAGAGAAGGAAAAAGCAAAGCAAACCCUGAGCAAACUCAGUGUGCUUGAAAAGGGCAGCAGCUCACCAGGGUGGGUCCCACAGCACCUUCUCACCUCUUAGCUUGGAGCUCCGCGCUGCAGCAGGCCCAGGGUGUGCUGCUGGAGCUGGCACGCUGUCUCCGCUCGGCCCCCUCACUCUUUUGUUAGCAGGCAGCUGCGCUGCUGUUGGCUUCGCUUCUUCCAAGCCUUUGCGUUUACAUCCAGCCAAGGACUUGGAGACAGAGCGGGGGCACACGGCAGGGGAAGGUCUUCCCCCUGUGCUGGGACCUGCUGUUGUAGGAAGCCCUCCAGCCUGGAGAUGAGCUCUCUCCAGAAGGACUUCCUGCACUGCUUUUGCGUAGAUCUUUCCGUUGGGCUCGGCACCUCUCUCUGUGAUAAUCGGGAAAGGAGAAGCAACAAGAUUGAAAGAGAGUCCUUGCAGUCCUUGCACUCUGCAGAAUGGGCCAUCGUGCUAGGAUGUCUCGAGUGCUCACGGUAAGGGAUCUUAGGAUCUUGGCUGAACGUUGGGUUCCCAGCACGGAUGUGCAGUGCCCUUUCCUCUCCCCUCCAUCGCACACACUGCCCUUCAUGCAGCCCUAUUUAGAGGCGCAUACCCAUAGCACAGCUCACAUGAGCUUCUUACCUGCGGAGGCUUUCCGUUUCCCCCCUUGCCCAGCACCACUUUAUUUACGCGCAGGAUCCAUCCCUACAGAAACAUUGUAAAAAAUCCACAACGUUGAUUUCACAGGCACCAGCAGGCAGCAGCAGAAAUAUCAUGCAGUAAGCCCACGUCCCCCCAGGAAACAGAAAGAUGCUUCUUUGACAGCCCAAACACAAACGGAUUGAUAGUUCACUUUGCACUGCUCCUUCCUGCACUCCAAAUGGAUGCUUACUUGACAUCCCCUACAGCACUGCACCCGCUCAGAAGGAAUACUCAAAAUUCAUUCCUCCACACUUUGCGACAGAGGGCUGAAGAAACUCACUUCUGUAUGGCAGGAAGGACCGUCCGUCCCUGUUGCGUCCCCCUGUGCGCUGCAAGGCGCGGUUGGAUCUCUGGCAGCCUGCUGGCUGCUGCUCCCAACCACGGGGAACCGCACCGCGCCACUUCUGAAGAGAGAAAGGGAGAAACGGUGGUGGGAACGGGCAGCCAAGGUUUGCAGAGAGGUUCCAGAUCGUGCCACACAUGGGAUAUCAGAGUGCUGAGACACUGAUUAUCACUAUGGGAAAAGACAGCCUGAGCCACGUCCACGUUGUUAGCCCAGGCUGUCAGCAGUGAGCGCUGAAUCCAACCGGUUACUGAGGUCACCAAGGACCAGCAGGGCUCCCCUUGCUCCGUCCCUUCCCCUUGAAAACAAGGAAACGGAAGCACCAAGCAGAAUAAGCCCAGCCAUACCUUGCCACUCACACAGCAGCAAUUGGAACCGCGGUCGUCUCCUUGCUGAGACAUGGUUGCUGAAGGCUCAGAGGAAGCUGAAGUUCCAGAGGCUCUCUCUGCAGGAACUUCCCCAGCCCUUGGAAAGAGCUGGCUUCCCUCUUCCUAAGACCGCCUCGAUCCUGGAAUCUCCUUUGGGACAGGAAUCCUGCAGAAAGUACCGACGAGUGCACACGCGAUGCUUCCGUCGGGCUCUCACAGGGUGAUCUGUUCCACAGAAGGCCCAGAGCUCAGUCUCUGCAUGCAGCACGCUCACCAGAGCACCAGCUCUGCUCACCAGCUGUGGCACAAACGCUCCCACCCCAGCAGUGGUUGUGACCUCAGCGAGUGCCCGCAUCGCCUCGGUGCUUUCAUCAUAAGCGAAGGAAAUGGACGCCUCCCAGCUCCACAUCUUAGGGUCACCCAAUGGGGUUAUCUGAAGAACAGGAAUGGAGAAGUGAAGACGACUCUUGUGCAGCCCAAUAAAAAACAGAAAAGACCAAUACGGCUUCACAGUGGUCAAUGGAGUCCCAGAGGAAUCACUGGAAACCAAUAGCAAUGCACGCCUGAAUGUCCCGGGGCUGGUGCAGGCCUGUCUGGCUGUGGCGUUAGGUUCGGGGACCGAUGUAGGCCUCUCAGGCUGUGGCUGUACCUUCAGGCCUCGGGGCCGGUAUAGGCCUCUUGGGCUGUGGAUUUAUAUUCAAAGCUGGUGCUGGCCUCUUGUGCCGUGGCUGUGGCUUUAGGCCCUUGGCCUGGUUCCAGCCUCUCUGGAUGUGGCUUUAGGCCCCGGGGCCAGUGCUGGCCUUUUGGGCUGUGGCUUUAGGCCCUGUGGUCGCUGGCAGCCUGUGUGGCUGUGGCUGUGGCCUCAGGCCUUGGGGCUGGUGCUGGUUUCUCAGACUGGGUCUGGGGCUUUAGGCCCUGGGGCCGGUGUAGGCCUCUCUGGCUGUGACUUCAGGCCCUUGGGCCGGUGCUGGCCUUGCUGGUUGGGGCUUCAGGUGCCGGCCUCUCUAAGUUUGGCUGUGGCUUUAAGCCCCUGCACUGAUUCAAGCCUUUCAAGCUGUGCCUUUAGUCCCCAGGGCCUUUUUUGGCCUGCCUGGCUGUGGCUUUGGCUUUAAGCCCCAUGGCCGGCGUCAGCCUCUCAGGCUGUGGCUUUAGGGCCUGGGCUCAGUGCUGGCCUCUUUUUUUGUGGCUUUAGACCCCAGAGCUGGUGCCAGUCUCUCAGGCUGUGCCUGUGGCUUCAGGCCCCAGGGUCCGUGCUGGUUUGUCUGGCUGUGGCUGUGGCUUUAGGCCCAAAGCUGGUAGUGGCCUCUCCAGCUGUGGCUGUAGUUCCAGGCCCCGAGGCCGGUGCCGGUUUCUCUGUCUGUGUUUUUAGGCCACAGGGCUGGUGCCGGCCUGUCUGGCUGUAGAUAUGGAUUCAGGCCCUGGGGCCAGUGUCCACCUCUGUGGCUGUGGCUUUAGGCCCUAGAUCUUGUGUCAGCCUAUGACAACGUGCAUUUGAAAAUGGUUCGUGUAAGGAAAUGAAAGCAAGAGAACACGGAGCUCUUCUGGGUAUUUCUAGAAUUGCGAAAGGGAUCGGAGAGCGUGCUCAGCCUUGGGUGGCUGGUUGUAUCCAGCAAUCCCUACCACAGUUGUAAACGUCACUAAAUCUUUGUUAUCCUGCUUGCCAGGAUUUGGAUGGGACAAGAAGCCAACGACUAUCAGUUUAGGGGAGGUAAUGAAUGUUAGCCGCUCCCCUUUCUUCUCCCCUUGCUACUUAGGUUACACAGUUCUUCUGUGCGAUGUGCCGGUGCAAUACCUCUGAGCAACCAUUUUGAUGGGUUCAGCAAUGCUUGGGGCAACAGGCUUUGGUCAUCCUCAGAUUUACAUGACGAGAGAGACUGAAAGAAAAAUAAAAUAGGAGGUAAUAGUCCUUUCUCUUCUUCUAGUCAGAAGACUAACCAAACCUUCCAUACUACGUCUUUUGCCUUGAUAGGGGUGUUCCUUGAACCUCACAGCUUUAGCACAGCACUUUCUGUUGAGAUUCCCGCCAACGGGGAAGUAUUAGUGCCAGUCCUCUGCCUCUUUUUGUUUCUGUUGUCUGGAUUUCAUUUAGUGGCCCACGAACAGAGGCAGGAUAGCCAAGCCCUGCAGGUGGAGGCAGGGACCAGGCUCAGGAGCAAGGGCAGAGUGGUUUCUUUGUUUCUAAAGGGAAUGGCAGUGUUUUCUGCAGGUGGAUUUGCCAGCGCAUUGCACCUGCACCGGUCUUCCCCUGCACAAAGGAGGAGCAGCUCAGCGAGCUUGGCCUGGGCCAUGGAAGGGAACAUCCAAACGUCCGGAGCAACCCCAAACGAGUUAGCUGUGGAGGCUGGUUGUUUUCUGCUGUUUGUCUCAUCCUUCUGGAAAGAAGCAGGAGGAGACAGAGCUCAGAUUUGAUCCCGCUGUGCGUGAUGGUUAAUGCCAAGGGACAGAAGUGUGUGCUUAGGCAGGGGAGAAGCUAGGAAAGCUGAGCAUCGUAGAGGAACGAGAUUAAAACAGAGCUCAUUCUACACAGCAGUUCAGCACGUUGCAGGGAUUUAUCUUCCCUUCAGGUCAAACUAAUACAUAAUCAGUAGUUGACAGGAAUUCAGAUACAUCUUCAUUACAUUCCCGAGAGCCCAUUAGCAUGCAGUCUCUCCCCCCCUUGCGCGGGCGUAGUAGGUCGUGAUGAUGAAGGCUUGCAGUCUUCCUCACAAAGGCUCGUAGUCUUCCUCGCUGCAAACUUCUGACCCUGAAGGGGGGGCAUCCCCCAAACCAGUUUCAACUUGCCCUGUAGACAUCUAAUCACCUCCCUGCCAAAUGUUUUUUCGAGCUGCUCUCCAGCCCUUAUCUCUAUGGCCUUCAUCCUCCUUGCUAUUCCAGACCCAGUGUCUGUGCAAGUGCUUGGAACCCCUUGUUUUCUAACACUCUCUACCUAAACUAUCUCUAUUUGCCCCUUGUUUCUACUUUGUGAAGCUGCUUUCCCCUUUCUUGCUGUGAGGCCCUUCUCUCUCGAACUGCAGGGUCCUGCUCUCUCUCUUCAAGAGCAGUCAGAAGAAAGACAAGUGAGAAUACAGGGACCAAAAAAAAAAGCAGAGAGGAGAGCAGAGGCAGCAGAAAGAGGAGUGAGGAUACAGAGAAGAAAGAGCAGUAGAAGAGGAGUGCAGAUGCAGAAUAAAGACAAGUCUGGCAACAGGAAACAAAAUCCAACAGAAGAGCAGUGCUGAUGCAGAGGGAAAAGGAGUGAGGAUGAUGCAGGGGAAUAAGAACAGGAGAAGAGUGAGAAUGCAGAGGAAAGAGCAGGGAGGAUAGAAAAGAAGGGAGAGCCUAAGAGGUGGGCAGAUGGAAAAAGAGUGAGGGAAGAAAGAAGAGCAGAAGAGUAGAGCCAAUGCAGAAGAAAGAGGAGUGAGGAAGCAGGGAAACAUACAGCAGAAGAGAAAAGCAGAUGCAGGUGAAAGAGCAGUGGUGAGAUGCAAUGGAAACCAUCAGAAGAGUGAGGAUACAAGGAGGAAAGAACAGCAGAAGAGGAGCACAGCUGCCCGAGAAUGAGCAGGGAGAAUACAGGGAAGAAAGAGGAGGAGGAGAGCCGAUGCAGAAGAAAAGAGAUGUCACGUUACAGGGAAGAAAAGCAGGGCAGACGAAGUACGGAGAGGAAGCAGGGGAAAAAAAACGCUGAAGAGCACGGAUAGUGAUGAAAGAGCAGUGAGGAUACACAGAGGAUAGAACAGCAGAAGAGAAGCAGAAGAGAAAAAACAGGAAAAGAGUGAGAAUGCAGACGGAAAAGCAGGGAGAAUACAGGGAAGAACCAAGAGCGUAAGAGAAGUGCAAAUGCAAAAGCAAGCGAGGCUACAGGGAAGAAAGGACAGCAGAAGGGGAGUGCAGGUGCAGAUCCCCCAAACACAGCACUCCCUGCCCGCUAGGGUUGCGGGUGCGACGCAGUCACCAUGAUGACGUCGAGGAUCAAUGCCGGGUAAUUCAGUGAGCGUUCCAACAAAGAAUCAAGGAAAAAACUGCCAGGCAAAGGAAAGAAACCUUCUGGCAACAGGUCUUCAACGUUACGCGUAGAGUCCUUUGGAACAGGAGUUGUUUCUGUGUCAACAACUUGAAGAUCAAUUCAGGCAACGGCUACUAAAGAAAAACGAGUCACAUAACAUGGAGAGCAAAGAAGAGAAGAGAGAGGAAACAGAGAGGUGCCAGCACUGCCACCCGGGGUGGGCAGCAGGCUGCUGGUGCCAGCGUCAUCAUGGGCGGCGGCCAGCACUGGCCACGCUGUCACCGCGUCGCCGUGGCGACGUUUGUGACACGGCCACCCGGGAGGGGUAUGAAGGCGGUGCACGCUGGUGGGUCCUGCAUCCUGAAGGAGCAUCUGGUAGAGAGCAGACGCACCUGAAGGGAUGAGCUCCGGCAUGGCUGGCGCCAACAAGGAGCAACCCGCUGGCACGAGGCGGAACAGGAUGAGCUUCUGCGAGGAUGGCCCCGCAGCGAGGCGUGCCUCCAUACCCACCUGCACCGACACCGAAGGUACACGGCUCCACAGCCACCACAGGAGCGCUGCUGCAGCCAAUCCUGGCACGCAGACGACACUUUCCAUCUGCCACCUCACUCCCGCCUGGCAGCGGGAGGGCUGCCGGGAAGCGGCAGGUGCAGAGUGUGACCUGCUUUUCCUUUGCCCUCCAGAGCGAGUUGCCGUCUGGGAUGCGGUGGCCGCCUACGUACAAGAGCACCUCCUGGUGCAGAAGGGGGUCUGGAUUCCCACCUUCGGAUCCUUUGACACCAUCUCCAGAGACAUCAGGACUGAGGACGGGACCGUGACUCUGCGGUGGCCCGUCUUUCACUUGUCUGGAAACCUCAUAGCCGUGCACCACCUCAAGCCCCGCAGGGAGUCCCUGCCAGCCCAUAGGAAGCUGGAGCCGCUCAAGAGCAGCGAGGUGGCCGCAGCUGCCUCUGUGACCUGGCAGACAGCGCAGGCUUGCAUCCAAAGCACCGUGUCCCUGCUCUCUGGCUGCCUGAAGAAUGGGGAGAACGUUGCCGUUGUCUUCAAGGACAUUGGAGUGCUCCACAUCGAUGGACUGACCUUCCACAUGAAAUUCUAUUACGACUUCCUUGAGAAGCUGUCAGGGAAAGAGAAGUUCAGGAAAGCUCUUCUCAAGGCCCCCUGGCUGCUGGACAUGGUGGUGUCCCGAGCGGCACCGGUGGCCUCCCUGGCACUCUCUGGCUGCCUCGUCGUCUUUCCCAAGUUUCAAAUGGAGUUUGUCCCCAAACCACCACCUGGGAUAUCCCGCAGGUCCUCAGGAGGCAUCCCUGCGGAGGGGAAACCAAAGGAAGAGGAGGCUUUGCCACCUCUCGCCCAGGGCAAGAAAGUGAGAUUUGCUGGCAAGCCAACCUUCAUCAAACGCUUGAGCUCGGACAGUCUAGAUGGAGGAAAACUCCGAAGGAUAAGGAGCUUACUGCGCAAGGAGAGCUCUACUUCCAGUCUGCUGCCAGCCAUCCCUGGAGUGCCUGAAGACCAAAAGCAGCCGCUGACCUGCCAGCUGCAGGGCCAGGCAGAAACAGACAGCCAAGAAGACCUGGGCCGAGCCCCGGGAACCAAACACGUGAGCUUCCGUGAGGAAGAACGGGAAGCGGAAAAAGCCCAUCGUGUGGCUGCGGUGCUGAAGUUGCCCAAAGCCAACGAAUCUUUCAGCAACGAUUCCAGACCUUCCUCAAGGGCUCAGUCCAGCCCGUCGCAGGCAUCGCAAGGCACUCCAUCCCGGCUUCCACUUCUGGCAUGCGACUCAGUCAGACUUCUGAGGCGCAGGGCUAAGAAGAGCAGGCAGAAAGAACCUGAGGAGAUGGAAGCAUCAACAUCUCAGGCUGAGGCCAGCCAGCCGCAGGAGUCCUCUGCUGACAGAGCUGGAUUUCUGCCACCGAUAAACGAAGAAACACAGUCUCCUCAGCGUCAGCCUCCAAACAGCAAAGCCCCACCGCGCAGGAAGGGCACACACUACCCACGCUGA